AAUAGUGAGGAUGAUCCAGAGGCUCCAGUUAAGUAUAUGAGGAUCUGGCUGCCACAGCAUUUAUCAUCCUUGUGUUUCCUUAUCCGGGGUCCAGGGGAGCGCUGUGAUUGGCCCGCUGGGUCACGUGCCCUGCUAACUUUGCACACUUGACAGGCAGUAGGAGGGUUCUGAGCAGAACAGAAAAACGACAACGCGAGAAAAAUUAGUAUUUUUUUGUUGCCCUUCCACAAAUUAAUGGCCAUGAGUUCGUUUUUGAUAAACUCCAACUACAUCGAGCCCAAAUUCCCACCCUGCGAAGAGUAUGCCCAAAACAACUACUUGCACAGCCAGUCUCCCGAGUACUACGAGCGGCCGAGGGAGCCCGGCUAUGAGGCUCCUCCCGAAGCUCUGUACCAGGGUCCGGGUACCUACCCUGAGACCAGCUAUGGAUACAACCACAUCACCCCCAGCCACGAGCCCGGCUCCCUCCCGGAUGGAAUCACAGCCAAGACACAUGGACAGCCACCAGCACCACCACCACCAGCAGCCUCAGCACUCCUCCAGAGCCACGUCCUCAGGCAGCCACCCCAGCACUGUGAGGCUAUGGCUGUGCCUGGUGGUGACCCCAUCCACACUGACAAAACUGCUCCAGGGCUCAAGUGCAAAGAGCCAGUGGUUUACCCUUGGAUGAAGAAGAUCCAUGUGAACACAGUUUCUACAAAUUACACUGGAGGGGAGCCCAAAAGGUCUCGGACUGCAUACACCAGACAGCAAGUAUUAGAAUUGGAAAAGGAGUUUCACUUUAACCGUUACCUUACCAGACGAAGGCGUAUUGAAAUAGCACAUACAUUGUGUCUCUCUGAGCGUCAAGUCAAAAUAUGGUUUCAAAACAGAAGGAUGAAAUGGAAGAAAGAUCACAAAUUGCCCAAUACCAAGAUGCGUUCUGCAAACCCACCAUCUUCCAGUCAGCUGACCAAAGUACAGGGUCUUCAGCACACAGAUGGGCCAACUGACCCUUUAUUAUAAUCCUUGAUUGUAUUAUUCCUAUUGCUGGUAAUCAUUUGGACCAAAUGACUGUGGAGGGGGGAAAAAUCUCCUUGCUAGAGUUGGAUAGACACCAGGACAAAUGUUCACUUAAUUAAGGAAUUCAACUGAGACUUGCAAUGUUUUUUUUUUUUUUUUUUUUUUAUUGUUGUGCUAUUUAAGUCAUUGUCUCCAUAUAAUAUAACUAAGGGGUAUAUGUGUAUAUGAAUAUUGACAUAUUGUUGAGUGGCUACAUAGGUAACGAACUAUUUUGUAUACAAAAUACAAAAGAACACAAAUACGUCUAUGAAAUGCUAUGUAAGAAUUAUAUGGGCCAUUUAAUUGUAUUAUACUUUUUUUUUAUUAUUAUUAUUAUUUUAAAUAGUUGUGGGUAUUUAAGAAACCAAACUUUUUUUAUGAUUUAUUUAAUGGCCUUUGGAACUGCUCACCUACGGACAUUAAGAUGUUGGACUUGUAAAUAUUGGUCAGAGUAAUUGCAUUUAUGUUAGACACAAAAUUGUUGUCUCUUGCUUAGUUGCUUAUCUGAGGCCAAUAUGUGUUUGACAUGUCUCUAGAAUCUUAGCAUUACGGUAGAAGGCCUUUGAUCGUCUGAAAGGCGAUGACAUAGUGUAGAUACAGUAUGCGUUAUACAUAUUGUGGAUUUUGUGCUGUAUAUUGUGGUGCUAACUUCUGGCAGUACCGAAGAUUAUUCUGUGAAAAUUAAAGUUUUCAAAAACCUGCAAAAAACUGUUUUGGGAGAGUACUUAAAUUGUAUCUCAUUUAUGCAUUCAAACCUCCACUGAAACACGGUGAUAUAUUCUUUAACUUAGUAAAGAUUGGGAUAAAAACAAACGUUGACGAUAUGGUUAGAUAAAAAACUAAAUAUUUUGAACCUUUACUCACCUUAACGUAAAUUCUAAGCACCUAAUAUUUAGGAGGGGUAGUUGUAGGGUAUUAAGUAUUAACAAUAUUAAU